CAGACGGUUUGCUCUCCGCCAUAGCUAAACCUCAUUGUCUGUGUUUUCGUUCCUCUGCAAUUUGCAAACAAGCCCUACUACUCCCCAAGAGGUGAAUGAUUUUGGUGUGACAAACGAGAAAACUCACUGUGUAGAGGAAACAUGGCAAGCCAAGCAGCUGCCGCUUUUAAUGGCAACAUGAAGAAAGCACUUGCUGGCCUCAGACGUAUCAACCUGGAAGGUUUGCGAUGGAGAGUAUUUGAUGCCAAAGGCCAGGUCCUUGGAAGAUUAGCGUCUCAAAUAUCAACAGUAAUUCAAGGCAAGGAUAAGCCUACAUAUGCUCCAUAUCGUGAUGAUGGGGAUAUGUGCAUCGUGCUUAAUGCAAAGGAUGUAUGUGUUACAGGGAGAAAGAUGACGGAUAAAUUUUAUCGCUGGCACACUAGGUAUGUGGGCCAUCUCAAGGAAAGGAGCUUAAAGGAUCAGAUGGCUAAGGACCCUACAGAAGUAAUUCGGAAAGCAGUGUUGCGUAUGCUUCCUAGAAACAAACUGCGUGAUGAUAGAGAUAGAAAAUUGAGGAUUUUUGCUGGAAGUGAGCACCCUUUUGGUGAUUGGCCCCUUGAGCCAUAUGUAAUACCUCCUAGAACAAUACGAGAGAUGCGGCCGCGUGCUAGACGAGCCUUGAUUCGAGCUCAGAAAAAAGCUGAGCAGCAACUGCAAGGCGCUAUUGAUAUGAGAAAAGGCAGAAAGAAAGAAGCUGAAGCAGAAGUGACCGAGUAAAAAUGUGAUACGAGAAAUGGUAGAAGUAACCAGGUGAAAUUGGGAAGAUCUAAUAUGCGUGACUGUCAGAUGGAUGCAUUUUUAUUCUGUAUGUAGUCACCAUAAAUGGUCUUGUCCCCAUCUGUUACAAAUUGAGAACUCUGCUCCUGGUUCCUGAAUCCCUUUAUAAACAUUUAGUGCGUACAUUUCAAUUAAACUUAUGCUUGUUUGAAGCUCUGAAGUUGCCCUGGCGACAACUUAUUUCACGAUAUUGCAAUGCCGAGUUUCAUCUA